AUGUGUAACUAGUUUUAAAGAUGGCGUUACGGCACACGAAGAUCAUCUUUCGGGGUUUAUUUAGAAAAAGUUCAAAAGCAAAUCCAGCAGCUAUAGCAAAUUUACCUAGAAUUGAUCCUAAACCAUCAACUAACCCAGCAGUUGUCGAAGAAUAUUUGAAGAAACCAGAAGAUGUCGUAACACACACAGGACAGAAAUGGGAAGCAGAUGACUAUAGGAUGUCGAGAUAUCUCGUAGCAGACAAACAGGUUAACAAGCAGUGGGCAAUUAAUCUGAUUGAUGAAAUCCCACCCCAAGCUUGCAAAGAUAGAGUUGUAUCGUGCGAUGGAGGAGGAGGGCCCCUAGGACAUCCAAAAGUUUACAUUAACUUGGAUCAGCCCGGUAACCACUCUUGCAACUAUUGCGGACUGCGGUUUUAUUUAGAUCACGAUCACCAUCAUUAAUAACUGUGUGUUGUCUAGGACAGUACCACUAAUUAACUGUACAGCAAACAUGUGUGUGGGUUGAUAUUACACAAGGACAAAAAAACAGAGGGAAUUUUUGAAACUACUGAAAUGACAGUCUGCGGAUACAACUCUUAUGUGUGAGACUUGAUAGCAUGUGCACAGAUUAAUAGCCGUUUUCCCAGGAUUUUUGCUGUUGCUUCAAGUGUUGAUGAAAUAGAUGCAUUUUGGUUGGAUAACUGGGUUGUCAUUAUUGCUUUGUAAGCCAAAAGUUUAGCAGUUUCAGAUAAGGAACGUUUUGGAUCUCGGUCAACAGUAGAGAAAAUGUUAGCACCACACAAUAAACACUAGAGUAUUUUGGAAAGAUAACAUGAAGAUUGAUAUCAAGAAAAGCUCUUGCUUUGCACUUGUAUAAUAAAUUGUUGAAUCGUU